AUGUCGGAAGCAGAAUCAAAAGGCAAAAAGCGUACUCAUGAAGAUGACGAACCAGAACCGAGUAGAGGUAAAAAGAAACCGUCGGUAAAACCACCAAAUAGAGGUCAACCAGAACCAGCGGACAAAGACGAUGUUGAAGAUGAAUCUGGAGAGGGUGAUGAGGAUGAUGACGAAGAUGAAGAAGAUUCUAGACCAACAUCGGCGUCAGCAACCAGUGGAGCAAAAUCGAAACGAAAUGGAAAACCAUCGUCUACUGCUGCAGCAGCUAGUGGUGAUGCCGAAACAACAGGCGCCGACGAAGAGUAUGAUGAAGAUGAUGAUGAAGGAGACGAGGACGAUGAUUACAAGGAUGACGCCGAUCAUAGUCCAGAAGAAGUAGACGAAAGUGACGAUGAUGAAGGUGCUGUCGGUGGUGGUGACGACGAUGAUUCAAAAGGUGCCGGAGAGGAUGAUGAUGAUGAUGACGAAGAAGCAUAA